CACCUUAAGUCUGUCUGUCUCUCUGCCUUCCUCUCUAGACACCCCAACAUUAAGUCUGUCUGUCUCUCUGCCUUCCUCUCUAGACAACCCGAACAGUCCUGCCACGCAGUUCACUUUCCGGCCGCUGCCCCCUCCCCCUCCGCCGCCUCACGCCUGCACCUGUGCCCGCCCUGCGCCCUACGCCCACGUGACCCUGCAGCGCAGCACCAUGCCCGCCCAGAGCCAUGCCAGGGACAGCCAGGGCACAGACACCACGGGGCAGAACGACAGCUCUCAAAUCAACCGCAACAACUGGGUGCUCAACAGCAACAUUCCUCUGGAGACAAGGCACUUCCUGUUCAAGCAUGGCUCUGGCUCCUCGACCCUGCUAAGUGCAGCCAAUCAGAACUACCCGCUGACCUCCAACACGGUGUACUCCCCGCCCCCGCGGCCCUUACCCAGAAGCACCUUCUCCAGGCCCAUGUUCACGUUCAACAAGCCCUACAAGUGCUGCAACUGGAAGUGUACGGCCCUCAGCGCCACAGCAAUCACCGUCACCCUCGCCCUGCUCCUUACUUACGUCAUUGCGGUGCAUUUGUUCGGCCUGACCUGGCACCUGCGGCCCGCUGACCCGCAGCUGUAUGAGAACGGGGUGAGCAAACUGAACCGGCCCCCAGACACCAGCGUCACCACCCUGCCCCCUCUGGAGGGCCUCGGCCCGGACAAGAUCCCCCGCGUGAAAGGAGUAAAUUAUUUGACACGUAUAUGUGUGUUUGUGCGUGUGUGUAUCCCCCCUGCAGAGAAGUUUCAGCGUGGCCGAGCCAUAGACCGGGGUGAGGUGGACAUCGGCGCUCAGGUGACUCAGGUGAUCCCGCCCAGCCUCUUCUGGAGGUUCCACCUGACCAUCCACCACCCCACCUACGUCAAGUUCAACCUCUCCCUGUCACGAGAAGCCCUCCUGGGGGUGUAUGGCAGAAGGAACCUCCCGCCCACACACACCCAGUUUGACUUUGUGAAGCUGCUUGACGGGAAGCACCUCCUGAAGGUGGAGCCAAAGGGCCCGGAGGCCCCGGGAUCUGGACCGGGCUCAGGCCCCCGGAACCAGCAGCUGAGCGGACUACAGGAGACGGGCUUCAUCGAGUACAUGGACCCCGGCACCUGGCACCUGGCCCUCUACAACGACGGCAAGAAAAUUGAGACCGUCCUCGUCCUCAGCACGCCCAUCGACACUAUGGAUGGCUGCUCCAGCAGCUGUAAUGGUAAUGGAGAGUGUGUGGCCGGCCACUGCCACUGCUUCGCCGGUUUCCUGGGACCUAACUGUGAGAAAGACACGUGCCCGGUACUGUGCAGCGGUAACGGCGAGUAUGAGAAAGGUCGCUGUGCGUGCCACGCCGGCUGGAAGGGCCCUGAGUGCAGCAUCCAGGAGGACCAGUGUGUGGACCCCACCUGCUCCAACCACGGCCAGUGCGUACAGGGCAUCUGCAUCUGCGUGCCCACCUACAAGGGCAACAACUGCGAAGAGGUGGACUGUCUGGACCCCCAGUGUGCUGCCCACGGCGUGUGUGUGCGGGGCGACUGCCUGUGCUCCCCGGGCUGGGGCGGCCUCAGCUGUGAGAGCCCUCUGCCCACAUGCCAGGAGCAGUGCUCGGGCCACGGAACCUACCUGCCCGACACCGGAACCUGCACCUGCGAACCCAGCUGGACCGGCGCUGACUGUUACAUCGAGGUGUGCCCUGUAGAGUGUGGCAGCCACGGCGUGUGUUCGGAGGGUCAGUGCCAGUGUGAGGAUGGCUGGGAGGGGCUGGCGUGUGCCCAGAGGGCGUGCCACCCGCGCUGCGAGGAGCACGGCCAAUGCAGGGAUGGCAAGUGCGAGUGCCACGCGGGCUGGGAGGGGGAGCACUGCACCAUAGCCCACGACUUUGAUGAUGUGGUGAAAGACGGGUGCCCGGGGCUGUGUAAUGGGCAUGGGCGCUGCACCCUGGAGCAGAGCGGGUGGCAGUGCGUGUGCCAGGCCGGCUGGAGUGGCCCCGGAUGCAACAUCGUCACGGAGAGGGAGUGCGACGACAACCUGGAUAACGAUGGAGACGGGCUGCUGGACUGUGUGGACCCAGACUGCUGUGAGGCUCUGGUGUGCAGUGUGAGCCCUCUGUGCCAGGGCUCCCCCGAUCCCGGAGCUCUUCUUCAGCAGGGCCAAACCCCCCCUCGGCCCUCGGCCCCCCAGACCUUCUUCCAGCGGGUCCGCUUCCUCCUGGGCAAGACCGGCACACACACUCUACACGGUGACAUCCCAUUCGACAGGAGUCAAGUGGCUGUGGUUCGGGGACAGGUGGUGGCAGUGGAUGGCACACCUCUGGUCGGAGUGAAUGUGACUUUCUUCCAGCACCCUGAAUACGGCUACACCGUCAGCAGACAGGAUGGCAGUUUUGACCUUGUCACUGCCGGAGCUAUAUCCGUGACCCUGGUGUUCCAGAGGCCGCCGUUCCUCACGCAGCGACACACCGUCUGGUUGCCAUGGAACUGCUUCAUGGUGCUGGACAAGGUUGUCAUGGCGAGAAUGGAGGUCCCUCUCCCUGUCUGUGACAUCACUAGCUUUGUAAGUCCGUACCCUGUGGUCCUGCCGUCACCCCUCUCCAGGUACACAGGCGAGUGUGCCGCCCGGGGCCCAGUCGUCCCUGAAGUACAGGCCGUACAGGAGGAGAUCCUGAUCCCGGGCAGCUUCGUCAAGCUCAGCUAUCUCAGCACCCGCACGUCGGGCUACCAGUCGCUGCUGCGGAUCAUCCUCACGCACGCCUCCGUGCCCGCGGCCCUCAGCAAGGUGCACGUGUCCGCCGCCAUCGAGGGCCGCCUCUACCAGAGGUGGUACCCGGCGGCGCCCAGCCUGGUCUACGUGCUCGCCUGGAACAAGACCGACAUCUACGGCCAGGAGGUGUGGGGACUAACAGAAGCUAUUGUGUCUGUGGGCUAUGAGUAUGACUCAUGUCCAGACUUUAUUCUGUGGGAGCGGAGGACGGCUCUAAUCCAGGGAUUUGAGAUGAUGGGCUCCAAUCUAGGCGGCUGGUCCCUGGACAAACACCACGUCCUCAACCUCCAGAGUGGAAUCCUCCACAAAGGCAACGGCGAGAACCUCUUCAUCUCCCAGCAGCCCCCGGUCAUCGCCACGGUGAUGGGCAACGGCUACUACCGCACCAUCCCUUGCAUGGGCUGCAGUGGGCCUGCGCUCCAGAGCAAGCUGUUCGCCCCCGUGGCGUUGGCGUGCGGCUCCGACACCAGCAUCUACGUGGGCGACUUCAACUUCAUACGCCGCAUCCUCCCCAGCGGCCACACCUACAACAUCCUGGAGCUCAAGAAUCGGGACACAAGGCACAGCACCAGUCCGGCACACAAGUACUACCUGGCCAUGGACCCUGUGCACGAGACGCUCUACCUGUCCGACACCAGCAGCAGGAAGGUGUACCGGCUGAAGAGCCUGACUGAGCCACGCGACCCGGUCCGCAACAUGGAGGUGGUGGCGGGCACGGGCGACCAGUGUCUCCCCUUCGACCAGAGCCACUGCGGGGAAGGGGGCAAAGCCACCACCGCCUCCCUCAACAACCCCAGAGGCAUUGUGGUGGACAGGAGGGGCUUUGUGUACUUUGUGGACGGGACCAGCAUUAAGAAGAUCAAUGAGCGGGGCGUGCUGACCACCAUCAUCGGCUCCAACGGCCUCAUGUCCGCUCAGCCACUCAGCUGCGACGCACGCAUGGAUAUUGCACAGGUGCGACUGGAGUGGCCCACCGACCUGGCUGUCAACCCCAUGGAUAACUCCCUCUACAUCCUGGACAACAACAUUGUUCUGCAGGUCUCCGAGAGCCUACAGGUGCGAAUUGUGGCGGGGCGGCCCAUCCACUGCCAGGUGCCAGGCAUAGACCACUACCUGGUCAGCAAGUCGGCCGUCCACUCGACGCUGGAGGCGGCUAAGGCCAUCGCCGUGUCGCAGUACGGUGUGCUCUACAUCGCCGAGACGGACGAGCGCAAGAUCAACCGCGUCCAGCAGGUCACCACCAACGGAGAGAUCUCCGUCAUCGCCGGAGCAACCACGGAUUGCGACUGCAAGAUUGACCCCAACUGCGAGUGCUUUUCAGGAGAUGGAGGCUACGCCCGCGACGCCAGGCUAGAGGCUCCGUCUGCGCUCGCCGUCUCACCCAACGGCACGCUCUACAUCGCCGACCUGGGGAACAUCCGCAUCCGCGCGGUGAGCCUCAACCGCCCGCGACCCGGCGCCGCCGGCCUCUACGAGGUGCCCUCGUUGCCCGACCAGGAGCUGUAUGUGUUCAGCGCCAACGGCACACACCUGCACACGCGCCACCUCAUCACCGGCGACUUCCUCUACAACUUCACCUACGACUCGGCCGAGAGGCAGCUCAGCGCCGUGGUGGCCAAGAACGGGCAGGCGGUGCACGUGCGGCGGGAGGGCGGUGGCGGAAGCGGUGGCAGUGGGGGUGCCAGUGGCGCCCCCUUGUGGCUGGCAGUGCCAGGCGGGCAGGUGUUCUGGUUGAGCGUGAGCAUGGCGGGCGGCCGGGCGCUCAAGCGGGUGUCGGCGCAGGGCCACGAUGUGGCGCACCUCUCCUACCAUGGUGGCACGGGUCUCCUAGCAACCAAGAGCAACGAGAACGGCUGGACCACAGUCUAUGAGUACAACAGCGAGGGGCACGUCAUCAACGUCACCUUCCCCACCGGUGAGGUCACCAGUUUCCACGGCAGCAUGGAGAAGUCUGUGAGGGUGGAGGUGGACAGUUCCAACUCGGAGAACUUCGUAACCGCCACCAACUUCUCGGCCACCGACACCAUCUUCACAUUACGCCAAGACCACGCUCAGAAUAGCUACCGCGUGAGCGCGGACGGCUCGCUGCACGUGACGCUGGCCAGUGGCAUGGAGGUGUCUCUGAGCACGGAGCCGCACGUGGCCGGGGGCCUGGUGAGCCCGGCGUUCAGCCGCUGCAACAUCUCCCUGCCCAGCGAGCACAGCCCCAGCCUCAUCGAGUGGAGGCAGCGGCGCGACCAGGCCCGCUCCAACUACUCCACCUACGAGAGACGGCUCAGGGCCCACAACAGAAACCUCCUCUCCGUCGACUUUGACCCGGCCACACGGGUGGGCAAGAUCUACGACGACCACCGCAAGUUCACCCUGCGGAUCCUGUACGACUCUCAGGGGAGGCCCGUCCUGUGGUCGCCGAGCAGCAAGUACAACGAGGUCAACGCCACAUACUCCGCCUCGGGCCAGGUCACCCACAUCCACCGCGGCAACUGGUCCGAGAAGCUGGAGUAUGACAACGGCAAGCUGGUGUCCCGCACGUGGGUCAACGGCAAAAUCUGGACGUACUCAUAUGUGGAGAAGUCCGUCAUGCUCCUGCUACACAGCCAGCGGCGCUACAUCUUCGAGUACGACCAGACGGACCGGCUGCUCUCGGUCACCAUGCCCAGCAUGGUGCGCCACAGCCUGCAGUCCAUGCUGUCGGUGGGCUACUACCGCAACAUCUACAGCGCCCCGGACAGCCGCGGCUCCGUGCUGCAGGACUACGCCCAGGACGGACGCCUGCUGCAGACGCUCUACCUGGGCACGGGCCGCCGCACGCUCUACCGCUACACCAAGCAGGCGCGCCUCGCCGAGAUCCUCUACGACACCACGCUCGUCACCUUCACCCACAACGACUCGUCCGGCGUGGUCAAGACCGUCCACCUCACGCACGAGGGAUUCGUCUGCACCAUCCGUUACAGACAGAUAGGGCCACUCGUGGGACGGCAGAUCUUCAAGUUCAGCGAGGAGGGCCUGGUGAACGCUCGCUUCGACUACAGCUACAACAACUUCCGCGUGACCAGCAUGCAAGCCACCAUCAACGAGACGCCGCUGCCCAUCGACCUCUACCGCUACGUGGACGUGUCGGGCCGGGUGGAGCAGUUCGGCAAAUUCAGCGUCAUCCACUACGACCUCAACCAGGUGAUCACCACCCACGCCAUGAAGCACACCAAGAUCUUCAGCGCCUAUGGCCAGGUGGUGGAGGUGCAGUAUGAGAUUCUCAAGUCCAUCGCCUACUGGAUGACGAUGCAGUACGACGCGUGGGGCCGCGUCACCACCUGCGACAUCCGCGUAGGCGCCGACGGCAACAUCACGCGGCGUUCUUACGAGUACGACGCCGACAGCCAGCUGCAGACGGUGCUGGUGAACGAGCGGCCGCAGUGGCGCUACAGCUACGACCUGAACGGCAACAUCAACCUGCUGAGCCAGGGCGCCAGCGCGCGCCUCACGCCUAUCCGCUACGACCUUCGCGACCGCAUCACGCGCCUGGGCGAGAUCCAGUACCGCGUGGACGAAGAUGGCUUCCUGCGCGCGCGCGGCAACGACGUCUUCAACUACAACUCCAACGGCCUGCUGACGCGCGUCUACAACCGCGUGACCGAGCGCAGCGCACAAUACCGCUACGACGGGCUGAGCCGCCGCGUGGCCAGCCGCUCCAGUGACGGGCAGCACCUGCAGUUCUUCUACGCCGACCUGGCCAAUCCCACGCGCGUCACGCACAUGUACAACCACACCAGUGCCCAGAUCACCUCGCUCUACUACGACCUGCAGGGCCACAUCAUCGCCAUGGAGAUCAGCAGCGGCGAGGAGUACUACGUGGGAUGCGAUAACACCGGCACGCCCCGAGCCAUCUUCAACAGCCGCGGGAGGGUUGUGAAGGAGAUCCUCUACACCCCUUACGGGGACAUCUACCAGGACUCCAACCCCACCUUCCAGCUCAUCAUCGGCUUUCAUGGGGGCCUCUACGACCCGCAGACCAAGCUGGUGCACUUUGGCCGGAGGGACUACGACGUGGUGGCCGGGCGUUGGACCAUUCCCAACUACGACGUAUGGGGCGAGCUCAGCCGCACACCCAAGCCCUUCAACCUCUACGCCUUCAGGAACAACUGCCCAGUCGGGAGCAUCGAGGAGGUCACGCAGUUCACCACAGAUAUUGGCAGCUGGCUGCAGCUCUUUGGGUUCCAGCUCCAUAACGUGGUGCCUGGUUUCCCCAAGCCAGACGUGACGGGCACGGAGCAGACAUACGAACUGAUGAAGAUGCAAACCAAAACCCAGGACUGGGACUCCAGCAAGGUGAACACAAGAGAGAGUACACAGAGAAUGACACAGAGAAUGACACAGAGGAAGAGAGAGAAAGAGAGAGGGAGAGAGAAAGAGGGAGAGAGACAGACAGAGAGAGAAAGAGAAAGACAAAUUACCAGUAAAAAGGAAACCCACAAGAGAAUGGCAGAAAUCUCUGUGGUCCUGGGCAUUCAGUGUGAGCUUCAGCGGCAGCUGCGUAACUUCAUCUCCCUGGAUCGCCUCCCCAUGACGCCCCCUGUGGGCUCACUGGAGCAGUGUCCCUCCGCCCCCUCGUCUGACGGCCCCAGCGGCCCGAGCUUCUCCGCCCUGCCCUCCAUCUUCGGCAAGGGCGUCCGCUUCGCCAUCCUACGUGGCCUGGUGGCGGCCGAGAUUGUCGGCGUGGCCAGCGAGGACAGCCGGCGCGUGGCGGCCAUCCUGAACGGCGCAAUGUACCUGGCGGGCCUGCGCUUCACCGUGGACGGCCGCGACACGCACCAUUUCCUCAAGCCCGGCGCCGUGGAGGACGACCUGGCCACGCUGGGCGGCCUGAGCAGUGGCCGCGUGCUGGAGAACGGCGUCAACGUCACCGUCUCGCAGAUGACCGCCUCCGUGGGCGGCCGCAGCCGCCGCUUCGCCGACAUCCAGCUGCGGCACGGCGCGCUGUGCCUGAGCGUGCGCUACGGGGCCACGCCGGACGAGGCGCGGCAGCAGCUCCUGGAGGCGGCGCGGGAGCGGGCCGUGGAGGAGGCGUGGGCACGCGAGCGGCAGCUGCUCCUGGCCGGGGAGGAGGGCAGCCGGGCCUGGAGCGAGGCCGAGAAGGAGCAGCUCCGUGGCACCGAGAGGGUGGCCGGAUAUGACGGCUACUUUGUGCUGUCGGUGGAGCAGUACCUGGAGCUGGCCGACAGCGCCAACAACAUUCGCUUCAUGAGGCAGAGCGAGGUGGGGCGAAGGUAACAGCAGACCGCCUGGCAGCCACACGGAAAAGAGGAAGAUCGUUUUCUUUCUUUCUUUCUUUUUUUUUUUUUUUUUCUCGGUCGAUGGAUUUAGGAUUUUUUUGGGCUAUUUUUGGUUUCUCUCUUACCCCUUCCCCCCUCACCAAAGACUGCCUGUUUUUAGACAUUUGAGGAAUUUAUCGAAGAAUUUCUAUUAAUGAACAAAAAACAGAAAAAUAACUAAAAAAUUAAGGAAGAUUCAGGGGAGUGGAAUCCCAACUGCCUUUAAUUGUGACAAAAUGAUGGUAUUUUAUUAAUGUUCAAGGUGGAGUUUCUAAAGUGGCACAAAGCAUUUUUUUCUGCUGUGGCUUAGCUUUCAAUAUGGAAGUACGCUGUUUGUUUUUUAUUUAUUUAUUUAUUUAUUCGUUUACCUCCUUCGUUCUCAGACACGUGACGCUUGUUUCUCGACAGCUUCUUACACUGAUGGGACAUUUGAAGAUGCAAGUCAAAGCUGUAAGUUGUGUAGUACAUUCUGUGUACAAGUGUCAAAUAUGGACUAAUUUAAUUUUUGGGUUGUUCAAUAGACCACCUCAAGAAUUAUAGUUUACAUUUUGUGCAAGAGAGGCCUUGUCAGUGACUCCUAUUCGUACAAAGCUCUCUAGAAUAUCAGACUUUAAUUUAAAUAUGAUUGAAAUUAUUACUGUCAUGAGUUUGAGUGUGAAUACUAUAUGCUCAGAAAAAAAAGAACCUAUAUGUAUAUAGCAAGUGCUUUAAGAAAAAGAAAGUGCUAAAAUUUUGAAUAUGUUGUCAUACAUACUGAAGUGUUAAUAUUGUUAAUCGAUAGAGGCAGUGUCAGUUUUUCAAGGAAUCUUACCUGCUAUGAGACUAUCCAUCCUGGACUUCUGAAUAUAAAGGGUUACACUGAUCAUUAAAGUAACUAUGUGUCAACUUCACAAUCACUGACUUAA